ACCGCGUCCUGCGAGCUCACAUCGUCCACCAAAUUAUCCCUUGUAGCCAACAUGGAUUCCCCGGAACCAGGCUCUCCCAUUUCCCGCUCGUCGUCGGGUAGCCCUAUGCCCGAUGAACCACCAUACCUGCUCACCUCAGAACUGGCCUCCUUCAUGAGCAGUUCGCGGGGCGAGUCGUACCUCAGUGGCGGCAAGCGUCGCCUGCCGAUGGGCAGUGUAUCCUCGUCCGGCACAAAGAGUCGCAGACGCGAGGAAGCCCCUGGAAGGCGAACCGGAGGCGGCGGUGUCUGGCAGCAGACGGAGAUAAGGGACUAUACCGGUGGCAGAGCUCAGCGAGAGGAGCUGGUCGAUCAGCACAUCGUUGACAACAUUCGAACAGAUUGGGGUGACCCCUUCGAUGAGUCGGCCAUCAAGACCUCGAGUUAGCCAUCGAUUGCCAGAUGGGCGUAUCAUUAGCUGUACAAUAGGCUGUACAAACUUUUGUGUCCUAUUCAUUGCGUUACUCUUCAUAGCUCAAAGCUCAAAGAUUUAC